AUGUCUACCCAGAACGCGGAACGCCUGGAAGGCAUCCCUUUCGUCGUCAGUAAAGUCAGAAAGUCAUUCUCCAAGCUCGUCCUCAAGACGGGUGGGAUAGACUCCGAAGUCAAGAACUCGAUCAUCGACCAAGAAUUGCGGUUCAUCGCAUGGAUGACCGCCAACGAUGCCCACCGCAAUGCUGACUCCUCCCCCAGGUCUCUGGAGCACUGGCGCAGAUCCCGUCCCCAGUCGUACGGCGUGCUGUCCUAUUCACUUCUGAACGUCAGCAGACUUCUUGAGUGCAUCGAUCGACUUCUCGAAGAGCGUCUUGGCCCGCAUCAGAAGGCUGUGUUGGAUUUGUUUGCGAAACAGCUCAAGGACGUUUUGAAGACUCUCGAGGAUGUUACUUCUGAGCGCUGA